AUGUCUGGUAACAAAAAGUCAAUACGUAAUGAUUUGUGCACUAAAUGUUUUAAUUUUACUCACCAUGAUUUUCCAUUUCAGUCGUUAUUAAUACCUUCUAUAUGAGAUAAAUCUGUAUUUAUAUGCAACUAAGAGAGAGUGGGGAGGGUGAAUAUCAUUAGAAGCAAUAUAUAAGGAGAAGUAAAGUUGGAGAAACCAUUCAAAUAGUGCAAGGAAGACUUCUUUAAGUUGACUAGUGGUUCCGGCAAAAGAAUGUGUGCCUGUAUCGCAAGAAAUUGAGAACGAUUUAAUUGGUAACAAUCUAUAUUGCCCAGAUUUUGAUGUAUCGCUCCUUGAAGAAGUGUUUGGAGAUCUUGGAAAUCUGAAACGUCAAUUGAUAGAAGUAGAACAAAAACUUUCUCGUUUUUUUAAGAUUCUGUUUAUUAAGCGACAGUACAAUUACUGCGAUCUUAAGUGGUGCGAGUGUCAAACCGAGCAACUUAUUCAAACGAGGAUGAAGUUAUUAGCAGAUAUUCAACAGUUUUCUGACCCUUUUUUACAGAGCUGCCAAUAAAAAUGUUCAACUGUCCUAAGUGUAAUAAAUCUUUCACUUUAAGAAGUAGUGUCCUACGCCAUCUCAAAACGUCAUGUGCUGUUCAAGAACCGGCUCUGAAAAAAAAGGUAAAGAUUACCCAUGGGGGGCAGCGGUAUUGUGAUACGUGUUUUGAGCAUAUUUCGACCCGGGACUAUGUGGGACAUUUACGUACUACCAAACACAAAAAUAAUUCCCUUGUAUUUUCUACUGAAGGUGUUGAUGUAGUUAAGUCGGCCUUCAAAUCUCGCAUAAUAAGCUACAGGAUAACCCCGAACAAGCAAUUUAUUGUUCUGAAAGAAUUUACCAGAUCUUUGACUGAUGUAAUACAAAAAUUGGUACGUGAACAAAUUGGUAUAAUGGGCAGCUUGAAGGUGAACUGCGAGUUAUUUGGUCAUUUUAUUUUGGAAGCAAAGGAACGAGUGAAUGGUUUAACGACGUCAUUUCAAAAUUUGAAGCAGACGCCUCAGAAUUUCAAGAGAGAGCUCGGGAUGGGCUCUGCAACAAUGGUUGUACAUAGAACUUAACAUCAAUAGGUACAAUCCGUUACGAGCGUCAUCCUUUAUACCGACCCCUUCGUUUAUUUCUCGCAAAAGGGCUACAAUCAAUGUUAGAAACAACGACUUCGCGUGUUUUGGUUGGGCGUUGAUGUCAGCUAUCGAUACUCCAACUGGACCUCCAUGUCAACCCGAGUCUUAUCGACAUUAUUCAGAACUGUUCAAUUUUGAUGGAAUCACAUUUCCCGUAAAAUUGGAUGCAAUAGCGAAAUUUGAAGAGAAUAAUCCCUUGUCAAUUAACGUGUAUGGAUUGGAGGAAGAUACGCAGAAGGAUGGUAAAGUUGUUUACAAAAUAGUGGGUCCUUUGCAUUAUACUAAACAGAAAAAGACGUUGCAUGUAAAUCUUCUAUAUUUGACUAGUGUAGAUGGUAAUAGCCAUUAUUGUUGGAUUCAGGAUAUGUCGAGAUUGAUUUCCAUGCAAGUGUCUAAGCACAAAGAGGCAAUUUAUCUUUGCGACGGAUGUCUCGUAUAUUUUGCAACUGAAGAAAAGCUUUGGCGUCAUUCAAUAUUUGAUUGCAACUAUGUUCGUACAUUUUUACCCACAACUGAGCCUAUAGUAACAAAAUGGGGUGAAUCGUCAUUUCAAAAUCAAUUAAAAUUCGAUAACUACCAAAAACGACUGAAACUUCCAUUUGUCGUAUAUGCAGAUUUUGAAUGCUUGCUUAAAUCGAUUCACGGUCCUGAACCAAACCCUCUGCUUCAAUUUACCACCAAUACUUUCGAACACAAUCCGUAUUCUUUUGCGUAUUAUAUUAAGUGUUCGUUUGAUGAUAGCUAUUCAAAAUUUCAAACGUAUCGCGGUCCGGAUGCUGCAUUGCAAUUUGUAAAUAUGAUAGAAAGUGAUAUUAGAACCUUAUACAAUCAACAUUUUAAACACGCUAAACCUUUACCAAAACUAACAAUAGAAGAACAGCGAAAAUAUGAUAGUGCAACCAUUUGUUGGAUUUGCGAAAAGACUUUUCUUGAUGGGGAUGUAAGAGUAUUAGACCAUUGCCAUUGGUCAGGAGUUAUGAGAGGCAUUUCGCACUCUACUUGCAAUUUACAGCUCCAAAAUCCAAAUUUUGUCCCCGUAUUCUUUCAUAAUUUAACUGGAUAUGAUGCUCAUAUGUUUGUUAAAUGCUUGGCUUUAGAGAAUGAAAACACAGACGUCAUUGCUACUAAUAAAGAAAAAUAUGUUUCCUUUACUAAGCAUAUUUCAGUUGAUCAAAUUGUGGAGAAUGGGGUUCCCAAAAAUGUGAUUUGGCGAAUUCGUUUUGUAGAUAGUUUUCGUUUUUUAGGUAGUUCAUUAAACGUGCUUUCCAAAAAUUUAAGUGACAGUGAAUGUAAUGAAAUAAAAACAUUCUUUGGAACUGGACGCGCAUUUGAGUUAAUUAGGCAAAAAGGGGUGUUUCCAUACUCAUUUGUAGAUGCAUUUGAUAAACUCGAUCAAACUCAACUUCCCAAUAAAGCCGAUUUUUUUGAUAAGCUACAUGAGCAACAUAUUACGGAGGAUGAAUAUUCUCGUGCUCAGGAUGUUUGGAAUCUAUUUCAAUGUCAAACGUUAGGCGAGUACUCAGACAUUUAUUUAAAAUCUGAUGUGCUUUUGUUGGCUGAUAUCUUUGAAAAUUAUAGACGCGUGUGUCUCCAUAAUUACCAACUCGAUCCAGCGCAAUAUUUUACCGCUCCUGGUCUUAGUUUUGAGGUUUCCAAAAUAUUAGACGAAUCAGAUACGGGUUACGUUUUAGAAGUCGAUUUGGAGUAUCCUGAACAAUUACAUGAAACGCAUAACGAUAUGCCUUUUUGUCCAGAAUCAAUGACCCCUCCAAAUUCUACUUCGAAGUAUCCAAAACUUAUUCCAAAUUUAAAUCGCAAAGAAAAAUACGUCAUUCAUUAUAGGUCUCUAAAGCAAUGUUUACAACACGGGUUAGUUUUGCAGAAAAUUCACAGGGGGAUUAAAUUUACACAAUCACCUUGGCUAAGAACCUAUAUUGAUUUAAAUACCGAACUUCGUAACCGUGAAACCUCAGAGUCCGGUCGCAAUACCGUAAAGACUAUGACUAACAGUAUUUUUGGGAAAACAAUGGAGAACGUGGAUAAGCGAGUUGAUAUUAAGCUUGUAAGUCAUUGGGAAAGGAUCGGUAGGAAACUUGGAGCAGAAGGACAUAUAUCAAAACCGAAUUUUAAAAAUCUUUCAGUAUUUUCGGAAAACUUAGUUGCAGUUCAAAUGUCGAAAGUUUCAGUGACUUAUGAUAAACCAGUGUACGUUGGUUUUUCUAUUUUAGAUUUAUCGAAAACCGUUAUGUAUGAGUUUUUUUACGAUUUCUUAAAGCCAAUGUAUCGUGAGAAGGUAACUUUAUUGUAUACAGAUACCGAUUCCCUCGUGUUAGAGAUUUUUACAGAUAACUUUUAUGAAGAUAUGAUAUCACAUUUGGAUAGAUUUGAUACGUCAAAAUUUCCGGUUAACAAUCUACAUGGUGUCCCCCGUAACAUCUCAGUUGUAGGUAAAAUGAGAGAUGAAUAUUCCGGUGUUCCCAUCUCUAGUUUUUACGGUGCAGGUGCAAAGUCAUACUGUGUAAAUGUAGGUGACCAUGUUGAUAAAAAAGCUAAAGGUGUCAAAAAAUACGUAAUAAAGAACUGUUUGAAAGAGGAUGACUAUAAAAAAGUAGUCGAGGAAGGUGGGGUUAUUAUUAAAAAAAUGAGUGGUUUUCGAUCUCAUUUACACACUAUGUACACAGAAAUGAGAAAUAAGAUAGCGCUAUCAUCCACAGAUGAUAAGCGAUACGUUAUCCCUGGCACCGUUAAAACAUUGGCAUGGGGUCAUCGUGAUAUUAAAUCAAUUAAAAGCUUGAACGAUUUGAUUAACUCCUUCCAAUAAAAAUUAUAAUAUUUACAAUAUAUAUAUUUAGAAAAAAAAUGUUA